AUGUCACAACUUAUGACUCAUUACGAGAUUCAACAACUGAUUCAGAAAUAUAAUGUCAAAAGAACCCCAAGCAGCUUUUUAAUUUAUAAAACUAAACAUAAGCUUCAUCCCUCUGCUGCUAAAAAGGCAUAUGAUGAAGAACCUAAGCAUGUCAGAUUGGCCUAUGAAAAAUAUGCUGAGAUUAUUCGGUUUUUUUCUAGUAGUACUAUUAAUGCAGAAGGUAUCCAUGAAAGGAAUAAGGAAAUGAUAUUAUUUGAUUCUAUGGCAGACUUUGCCGAACAAGGACAUGAAUCGAAUGUUAAUGACAACAUGCUAGCUCAAACGUCCUUAAUUAAUCGUCAUGUCAACAUGCAACCAUACAACAUGUUGACUACGCUGAAACGAUUCCUGUGGCUUUUGUGGAUUCACUAG